AUGGAUUGCAUUAGAGACAGUUUAAAAGAGUUGGUGUGCAAGAUCCGUGUGAUCAGGAGGGCGCUCGCUGGUGCUCAGUCAAAGAGCAGAACAGCAUUGUCGAUCCUCGCGAAUGAGAAGAAGAAGAGAAUGUUGAAGACUUUACACUCAACAUUGCGAAUUAUCAAGACUCUCUAUGAGACGGAGUUCCAUCUCAGAGAUUGUAUCGAGGACGGCAAUUUUCCAGUUGCUAUAAGGGUUUGCUUGGAAGCUAAAGAAGCAGCGAAUACGUAUCGUCACUUCAACUGUGUGAGCGAUCUAAUGACGAAACUAGUUGGCUCCACGAACCUUAUUGAAAGCGCUCUUGAUUCAGCUCUAGCCGGGUUUACCAUAGUCUUUGAUCAUGACCGAUACGCCUCAGUCUAUUCAGCUUUUACAAUGCUCAACAAAGUCGAGCAUAUAAACUGUGAGGAGAUUGUAUCGACUGUACGGGAACUUGGUUAUGUUAUGUGUAAAAUUUUAUCAAUCUUUCACGCAAUUCUUCGCUUUCACACUGAAGAUGACGAACGAAAGCGAAUGAGCAACGCUGAUGACCCUAAUCUUGGAGUCAUGGUCAACCAACUGACGUCGUCUAUGCACGUCGUAUUCCGUGUAGCUUUGUCCAGAAUGCACUCACUUCUGUGCAGUCAGGAAUUCUCAACACUAAAAUUCGAUCAACUGUUAGAUAUUGUUGAAAUGGCAAACAAAUUCCGUCAUUUCGGUCGUUCAUUUUUCGGUUACCCUUCUGAUGAGUUGACCGUAUCCUUAGAGAAGCAAGCUAUCAUUUAUUUUAUACGAUACCACUCGGAACGAAUGGAGGAAUUACGAAUGUUCCUGGAGAAUGAGUGUUUCACAAUAUGUCCAGUGCCUCAUCAGUUCACUAUAUUCGACUUGCAGGACUUCACCUUCCUGGAGGAAUGCCGCAAACGAAAGGAUAAUGUUGACGUGCCAAUCAACACCGCAAAUGGAACAGCGGAGCAGCACGUGUUUUCAAUAAUACCUCAUGAUUUCGUGAACCCUUUCGGCAGUUCAGAAUUUGAGUCGCAAAAACAAUCCGCGCGCACGUCAAGGUCAGUGGAAGAACCUGACGAAUCACACGACGAUAGGAAGGAAUCAGUGGGAAAUGAUGAGGAGCUUGAUCAAACGCCAAACAUUUGCAACACCGCACUCAAUUUGCUUCGCUUUUUUGGGCGUUAUAUCCGUAUGACAUUCCUCUUGCCAUCUAUAGCUGAAUACUCGGUUCCCGCUCUAACCCAGCAGUUUGAAUAUUUCUUCUUCUCGAUUUGCUUAUUCUUUGGUGCUGAUGGAUCAGAAACGGUGGAACCUCUUGUUAGAAUUGAGGCCGUGCUUUCCGAUAUCUCAGACCGGCUCAUAAUAGACGAGUCACAGCUGUUGUCCGGUGAAUACGAAAAGGGUCUCCGGUUGAUGCGGCCAUCACUCUGUUCAGGAUUGAAUCUUAGCCAUGUCGACCGGCUCUACGGGAUCGUGGAGAGAAUAGUUGCUGUAGAAUCUGUAGAGUUUGUUGCUCGACAACUUGAUCUUGUACGACCUGUGAUGGAGUCGCUUCUCCCACCAGCUAACGAGGAAACACUGUCGAAUUUGGAUCAGUUCUACAGCAAGUCUUACGACAGUGUGGCCAGCCGGGUGCUCAAAUAUCCUGUUCUCAUUGCUGCUGUUUCAAAUACAAAAUGGGAUGUGAAUGAAUUACAGAGCCGUCAUAGCAACUAUGUAGACUUUAUGGUUAAAGACUUUGAAGGGUUCGCAUUGCGGCUGGAACGCGCCACUGAAAGCAUUCAUCUCAGUGAAGCAGGACGUGCACUACUGUGGGAUAGGACUAUUUAUUAUGCUUUCAAAGCUUUAGUUCAAGGAUAUUGUGAAGGCGGCAAGUGCUCAACCGAAGGACGCGCACUGAUGCAGUUGGACUUCCAACAUUUAUUACUAAAGCUCGAGCCUAUCUGUGGUCUUCGUCCCGUUCCGCAUACAGCUUUUGUUGAAGGAUACAUAAAGGCAUUCUAUCUACCGGAAAACGGGCUUGAGGAAUGGAUUAGCAAGCAUACUGAGUACACCGCCAAACAAAUGAUCUCACUUCUCAGCGUUGCCACUCAUGUGUCGAAGAAGGCCAGAACAAGGAUAAUAAAUGCCCUCAACGACUGA